CAACACGUAAGUGUACAGCUUUCUAGAGCCAUCAAGUCAUCAACCACUGGAUUGAACAUGUGCAAAUGUUAACUACGCAUAAGAAUAAUAUAAAAAUCUGGGGGUCACCAUUAUAGCAGAGAAGGCAACAUUUCAUAAUCAUAUAUCCCACUAGGGACAGCUAACUACAUUGCCUUUAAUUCCAUUUCGCAUGCCCAACGCCAAACGCUCCCUUUUUUCAACUUUCCAGCAUCAAAUUUUUCAGACACCAUGCGCGCGAGUAGUGACUAGUGACUGUGUCUAUGUUUGAACUCGCGACAAAAUCAAACAUGACAAAACUCACGCAUCUAAUUGGGAUAAUCAAGGACAAAGCAUCGCAGAGCAAGGCGGCGCUACUCUCCAAACGCACCACGCUCUUCCUUCUACGCGCCACGAGCCACGAUUCCUCCACGCCCCCCACGCGCAAGCACCUAGCCACGCUCCUCUCCUCUGGCGACGGCUCACGCGCUACCGCCUCGGCCGCUGUGGAGGUCCUGAUGGACCGCCUUCAGGGGACCAACAACGCCGCCGUGGCCCUGAAGUGCCUGAUCGCCGUCCACCACAUCAUCCACCACGGCAGCUUCAUCCUCCAGGACCAGCUCUCCGUGUACCCCUCCGCAGGCGGCAGAAACUACCUCAACCUCUCCAACUUCCGACACAACGCCGACCCCACAUCAUGGGAACUCUCGUCCUGGGUCCGAUGGUUCGCGAAGCACAUCGAGCAGCUCCUGUGCACUUCCAGGAUCCUGGGAUUCUUCCUCGGAACCCCGACCGACAGAGAAGACAGGGUGUCGGGUCUGGUCAACGCGGACUUGUUGACCGAGUUUGACUCCUUGGUGGCUCUGGUUGAAGGGAUUUGCAAGAGGCCCGAGCCCAACAACGUCUACGGGAACAACGGGUUAGUGGAGGAGAUUGUGAAGCUGGCGCGUGAGGAUUGGGGUGACGUGGAAGUUGAGGUGCGCGUGAGGGUGAGUGAGUUUAAGGAGAGGUUGGGAGGGUUUAAGUUCGGGGAAGUGGUGGAGUUGGUUUGUUGUUUGAAGAGGUUGGAGCAGUGCCAAGAGAUGAUGGAUGGAGCAAGAGAACUUGGAUUGUGGGAUUUGGUUGGAGAGGUUAAGGAUAAAGCAGGGAUUCAGGUUUAUAGACAAGAGGGUAAGUUGCCAAAGGAAAGUAGAAAAUUAAGGUUUAGUGAAUCGGAUCGGUUUUCUGCUCCGGUUCUCAAUUCUCGUGAUUUUCUCCACUUUCCCUCCGGGAGGUUCUUGUUGUAACAUUUUUAUGUUCAUGUAAAUACUAUCACAAACUAAAUUUUUAUGAUAUAUUAUAUGAUUAUGGGAAUGGUGAUUACGAUUGCAUGUCAUUUGAAUUAUUGUAAGGAACAAAAUUGUGGCCAUGCGUUGAAUCAAAAGAAUAUAUAGAGAGAGAUGGUAACUA